UACUCACCGAAGAAUAUAAUGACAGUCGUCAACACGAAUGACAGCAACGAGAUUUCCUUUUAUAGAUACAGCCAAUGGAUUAAAACAUAUGCCAUAUCAAUGGGAGCUGGUUCGAAAGUCUAUGAAUCAUUCAUGAAUAUAGGAAGUCCUUCAACCUGGAAUGUGGACAAAUGCAUCGAUACCGUUUGUCCUAACUUCUUCCGACAUCCUAUCCUUGAUUUCUGGAGUGAUCUACCCAUCGAGGAGGUGAAACUUGUGGUUUAUAAAGAACAAACAGCUGUGGUUAGUGUGGUGUUUGAUGGGCGAGAUGCAACCCUUGAAAGCUGGUUCUCUCUUCAAAACCUGAAAAGCUCUCCUUGGUCCGACUUACCUCAAAGCCCUGUGAUUGAUUUCUCAAUGGGAAACCAUUGGAUACGUCAUUUCUAUAUUUCAUCUAAUCACGGAGGUUGUGAUAUAGAUCGUGGUUGGUUGAUUGUUGCUGAAGGGAGUUACUGUCCGUGGGAGCGGUUUCCUCAUUUUCCUGCAAUAAUCUACUCAGGUGAAGAUUCGAAAAUCGUAUGGAAUGACGGUUUUGAAACAGCUGAUUCCAUGGCCAUCUUCAUCCGCCUAAAACCUUAACUAACCAAUCAAAAGAUCUGUUUUUGACGACGUGACCACACGUCUUCUGUCAACCAAAUUCACUCGCAAAUAAUUACUUUUAUGAUAAAACC